AUACAAGGCACGUUGUUUUCGCUGUAAAUCGACAUUUGGAGAGGAAAAAAAACAUUUACCAAUCGUUUCUUUUUAAAUUCCGUCGAAAUGGGCAAAACUUCGAAAGAUAAACGUGAUAUUUACUAUCGACAAGCCAAAGAGGAGGGCUAUCGAGCUCGGAGCGCUUUCAAGCUAUUACAAAUCGACCAAAUAUUUCACAUUCUUGAUGGUGUCAACCGUGUCGUUGAUCUGUGCGCGGCACCUGGUAGUUGGAGCCAAGUGCUAUCAAAAAGAUUGUACGAGAACAGCCCGAAUAAAGACGAUGUAAAAAUUGUGGCAGUUGACUUGCAGGCGAUGGCUCCAUUACCAGGUGUCAAACAGCUUCAGGGCGACAUCACCAAACUUAGUACCGCCGAAGAAAUCAUCGCAUAUUUUGACGAUAAAAAAGCUCAGUUGGUUGUAUGUGAUGGAGCACCAGAUGUCACCGGUCUGCAUGAUAUUGACGAGUACAUUCAAUCACAACUUUUGCUCGCAGCUUUAAGUAUUACCACUCACAUUUUGAUGGACGGUGGAAAGUUUGUGGCGAAAAUAUUCCGAGGAAAAGAUACAAGCUUUCUCUAUUCGCAGUUGCGUGUGUUCUUCAAAAAAGUAUCGAUCGCCAAGCCAGCUUCCUCGAGAAAUUCAAGUAUUGAAGCAUUCGUGGUGUGCGAAGAUUAUUCGCCACCAUGUGGCUACGUUCCACAGAUGAUCGAUCCAAUGGUCAAUGACGUUCAGGUUAGUGCUGAGCAAACCGAUUCGCCAGUCAAUCGUUCCAUCGUCCCAUUCGUAGUUUGUGGUGAUUUGAGGAAUUUUGACUCGGAUAUGUCAUACAGUUUGAAAAGCGAAGAUGGCAAAGAAUACGAGUAUAAAGAGGUGGUGCAAAAACCCAUUUCACCGGCUUAUAAAGAGAUUUUGGAGAAAACAAAAAAUCUAUCACUUAAACAUCAAAACUAUUUGAUUAAAGAAGAGGCUAGUGCUUUUCAGGAAAAUGAAUAAAACAAAAUAUUCAGAUUUUA